AUGAAGCCUCUGCACUGGGAAAAAAUAUCCCUUCCUGACAACGUGGAAUCAGUGUGGUCGCUGAUCAACGCUGGCACGCUAUACGACACCACCUUUGACUACGCGGACUUUGAGCAGCUGUUCUCGCAGAAGGAAGUGGAGGCUAAACUUGUCGCUCAGCCAAAGCCCCGGAAGAUUCUCCUGUUGCGAGAAGAGUUGCAUCGCAACCUCUCCAUUGUGCUCCAUAAGCUUCCAAGUAUUCCUAAUGUACAACGUGCUUUGCUUGACUUGGAUGCGAGUGUGCUUUCACGUGAGAUGCUGACGGCCAUGCUGGCGCAGGCCCCCACGAAUGAGGUGCACGCGGAGUUUCUCAAAAAUGCCAACAAGAAACCCGAAGAGGAGUAUGAGCCACAGGAAAAGUACAUGGCAAUGAUGAUUACCAUGCCGGCGUUUAAGCGACGCGUCUCUGCAUGGCUCUUUUCAAUGGAAUGGGAAGAAAGUCGUCAGGCGGUAUUGAAACCAAUGUAUCGCCUACAGGACAGUAUGGGGGCCGUCUUGAACAGUAAACACCUGCCGUACUAUCUUGGUCUACUGCUAGGUUUUGGUAAUAUGAUGAAUUAUGGAGAUGCACGCAGAGGCAAUGCCGGUGCAAUUAGUCUAAGCCUCUUGGACAAACUGGAGUUGACGAAAGACAACAAAGGGAAGUCGUCACUGUUUACGUAUCUUAUUGGUACUGUAAAGCUGCGCCACCCGGAGGCACUACACCUUAUUGAUGAGAUGAAACCCGUGUUGACCGCAAGUGUGAUGCAGAUCAGUUGGGAAGACACGGGGAUGGCCAUGCAGGAGGCGGAGAAGGCGGUGCAGGUGUUCCAGAACGACUGCAGCUUUGUGAAGAGGAAACUGGUUGAGCUAGGCACGGAUGCGGAGGAUCCGUUUGUCCCAUUUUCCGUGGAAUUCACAACGCGAGUGACGGGCGAGUUACAAGAGCUAAAGCAGCACUAUAGCCGCCUUGAUGAUACACGAAUAAAAUUUCUACGGUACUUUGGGGUCGUUGAUGCGAAGAAGAAACCGGAAAACAUUUUUUCUCCGCUCGUUCCAUUUAUUGAACGCCUCCGAAGGUCGGUGCAAGAUAUGGUCAAGAAGGAGCGUCGCAGCGCAAACAAGGGACAAAAGUUGGGGAACGGUGAGUUUGCCCACAUGGUGGCGAACCUGCAGGAGCAGGUGGGACUUUGA